AUGUUUACUACCUCUUUGGGGCAACCCGCCCUACCAGCCUGUUUUUUCUCAUUUUGGGUAAAAUUACAUAUGUACUUAACUAGAGGAAUAAAACAUUACAAAAAACAAAAUAUUAUUAAAAAAAGAUAUAAAUUUCUAAAAUUUUUACUUUCUUAUUUUGUUAUUGAUACACAUUCGCUAUACGAUGUUAUUAUCUUAAAUCACUUUAAUACAAACUUUAAAAUAUACUUAACGAUAAACAGUGUUGAAUAUACUUUAAAUAAUCUUGUUAUUAUUUUCAAUGCAAAUUUUGAAAUACAAUUUUUUAUCUUUUAA